UACCGUCUGCUCAGCAUGAAGAAGGACAAGAAGCCUCGUAAGAAGAAGAAGCCGAGCUCAAGGCCGAAGAGAAAGAGAGGGAAGAACGAGAGAAGAACAAAGAUAAAGUGGACACUCUUAAUGAGGACACUCAGGGCUCCGACGCUACCUUCCAAUCAAAAAUAUCCGACGAUUCAAAAUUAGAAGACGGCGAGCCGGCCUGCAAGCUCGAGGCCGAAAUACGGGAAGAGAUGAAGAGAGAUGAAAAGAAGAACGAAGACGCUCCUAAUGACGGAGAUAAAAAACUGUUGGACGAAAUGUAUGAAGCGCUAGUGAAACCCGGGCCAGACUUGGUAAUUUGCGACGAGGGACACCGGAUCAAGAACUCUCACUCAAACAUAUCAUACGCCUUGAAGCAGAUGAGGACCAAACGCAGAGUCGUUCUUACUGGUUACCCGCUCCAAAACAACCUCCUAGAAUACUGGUGCAUGGUGGAUUUCGUGCGUCCCAACUACCUCGGCAGCAAGACCGAGUUCUGCAACAUGUUCGAGCGGCCCAUACAGAACGGGCAGUGCAUCGACUCCACGCCGCAGGACAUCCGCCUCAUGCGCUACCGGGCUCAUGUCCUACACUCGCUGCUCGUCGGCUUCGUGCAGAGGCGAUCGCACGCAGUGCUCCAAUCUACAUUACCGCAGAAGGAAGAAUACGUACUGUUAGUACGCAUGACUCCAUUGCAAAGGAAAUUGUACGACCGUUUCAUGAACGAGGUUGUCCGUUCCACGUCGGUGCCAAAUCCUUUGAAGGCGUUCGCUAUUUGUUGCAAGAUCUGGAACCAUCCUGACGUCUUGUACAACUUCCUGAAGAAGAGAAGCGAAGCCAACGCGGCUAUUGAAGAAGAUUUAGAUUUGGAAGAGCUCGGGGGUGUCACAAAAGCGGGACGGGCGAAGAACAGUAAGAAUCCACCGAGGAGACCCGGCAGACCGAAGGGUGCCCCGAAGAAACCGGCUGCAACGAUACCACCCAAUACAACUACUGCCCCUGUGCCACCUCGCCCCGACGCGCCCUAUGGCAACCCGCCCUACCCCCCACAACCCUACCGACCAGAUCAACCGCUGCCGGCCCCUACCCCUACAACUACCAGAACCAACCUCCCGGCUACUACCCCCCCAACCAACAACCCUACAACCAAAACUACCCCAGCAACUACUACCCUCAACAACCCUACGAUCCCAACUACCCCAACCAGUACCCCCCGAACAACCCUGACAACACCCCAGGCUACAACCAGAACUACUGGAACAACGGCAAUUACUACAACAAUCCCAACUACUACAACAACCCGCAAUACCCUAACAACGCCCCCCCACAGAACUACACUGGCAACCCACCAGACUUCAACAACCAACAGUACCCCCCUAACUACACCCCGACAUCGACCGAUCAGCAGCCCUACCCUGGAAAUGCCCUACAACCUUAUCAAAACAACCAGGACCAACCGGGAACAAGUUAUGCCAACCAGCCCAGACCACCUUAUCAAGGCUCCUACCAGAAUCCACAAGAAUUCCCUGAGUACCCUAACGGACCACCCGGAUCUUCGUAUCCCAACAACCAACCGCCGUCUGAAUCUCAGUACCCGAAUAAUCAACCUCCACCAGGAUCUUAUCCGAAUAAUCAAACACCCUCUGGACCUUACCCUAAUAACCAAGCACCACCGGGACCUUAUCCGAACAACCAAACACCAAGCUCUUAUUCCCAACAACCAACCUCCAGGCCCUUACCCCAACAGUCAACCCCCACCCUCUUACCCUCCCAACCAACCGAACUACCCAAACCAACCUUACCCUCCUCCAUACGCCAACAACGAACCCCCCUACAACAACCAGCCUUACAACUUCCCCAACUACCCCAACAAUGUACAACCUAAAGAAGAACCACAAAUCAAAACAGAAGCUACUAACUUCACAACCAAUGAUGUCAAGCCCAACUCCGGUCCUAACGGUGGCUUCCAACGAACUACUUUCGACAACACUUCACCUUAUUUGGGCUACAACAGUGGUUCAGGAAACCAACAGAUUAAGAACGAAUCUAAUCGUGGAUUCCCUGCUGAAGUCAAGAAUGAAACACCUAAUGCACCACCUUAUGGAAACCCAGGCUACAAUUACAACCAGACUAACAUGCCAGGGUUUCCUAAUCAAGAUAAUAGUACAAAUGGGAACUAUCCCUUCCCAUCUUACCUUGAGACGAAGCCACCUCUUGGAAGCAACAGCUCAGGCAGUCCACUAACCUCUUGGCCUUUAGACUCGAUUAAAACAGAAGUCGACAAACUUAAAGCAGAGGAGAAAACUGAAACGAUCGAAUCAGAUGGCGAAGUUAAAAUAGCGGAUUUAGAUACAAAGAUGAUCGUAAAAGAUGAAGCGAAGAAAGCUAAAGAAAUAUCUAGUCUCGCGAAAGAUAACACUAAAAAACCGACAAAAAAGAUAAGGAAAUCUAAAAGCGAUGCUUCAGAGUCUGAAGAUGAGGGCAAAAAGACUAAACAGAAAGGAAAAGGCAAAGAAAGUAAAAAAACAGACAAACCGAAGCCAAGAGGUCGUCCAAGACUAGCCAAAGGAAGGAAAGACAGGAAAACUUCCAAAGAAAAAGAUGAUUCAGAAUCCGAAGAUAGUGAAAAAGAAGAGAAACUGAACAGAGAAGAAGAAUUAGCUUUAGUUAAGAAAGCAGAAGAAGUUACAUAUGAUUGGGCCGCUGAGUUACUAAAAGAUUAUAUUCCUGGUAUUAUAGAGAAUUCCUGUAAGAUGGAAUUGUUCUUCUAUCUGUUGAAUGAGAGUAUUAAGAUGGGUGAUAGGAUACUGCUGUUCAGUCAAAGUUUGUUCACGUUGAACCUCAUUGAAGACUUUUUAGAGAGGAAUUAUAUUCCGGGCACAAACUGCUUGUGGGAGAGGAACACUAAUUACUAUCGUCUCGAUGGCUCAACGCACGCUUUAGAGCGAGAGAAACUAAUAAACGAGUUCAACGCCAACCCUCACAUCUACCUAUUUCUCGUCUCCACCCGGGCCGGGUCGUUAGGCAUCAACCUGGUGGGCGCCAACCGGGUUAUCGUGUUCGACGCUUCUUGGAACCCGUGUCACGACACGCAAGCCGUCUGCCGAGUGUACAGAUAUGGGCAAAAGAAACCGUGCUUCGUUUACCGGUUUGUCAUGGACUGGUGUCUCGAGAAGAAGAUCUACGACCGACAAAUCAACAAACAAGGCAUGGCUGACCGCGUAGUCGACGAGUGUAACCCGGACGCCGUGCUGUCUAUGAAGGAAAUCACUAAUCUGUGCUUCGAUAAUGACGAAAAGGAAUCCGAACCCAAAGACCUAUCAGAGCAUAAAGACAAGUACCUCGACGUAUUAAUGCAGGGCAUCAUACAACACCACAGCAGGCUGCUUAGCAAGGAGCCUUUCCAACACGAGUCUCUACUUGUGGACAGGAAGGAGAAGAAACUGUCCAGUGCGGAGAAACGGCUGGCUCAGAGAGGAUACGAGCUAGAAAAGAAGGCGGCCCUCGCGCCGAAGCCGACGACGGCGUACCGGACAGUGCGCACGGCGGACGGCAGCGUGGUGCAGCGGCCCGUGGGCACCGUGCGGCCCAUGCAGCACGGCGCGCGCUGGAUCCCCGCCGACGUGUGGCGCCGCCAGGGCAUGACCGCGCAGGAGAUGACGCUCCCGCUCGACGUGGUGAUACCAACCAACUCAGCCGAGAAGACCAACAUCGUCCUGAAGGCCGGUCAGCGCGUCAUGGUUUUGAAAUCUCCGAAGGGCAUCUACAUGCAAUUGGAGUCCGGCAAGAUCAUCGCCAUCAAGACAUCCUUCAAGGGGCUCGGCGGGAAACCGCCUGAGAAGGAUAGCAGCCCUGUUGGGAAGAAGAUCCUAGGCAGCCGUCCCGGCAGUAUACCGGGCUCCUUAAAGAACAACUCCGCGAUCACGAUUACCUCCAAGAGCGGGCCGCGGCCCGGCUUCCAGCGCGUCAUCACGCGUCCCUCCAUCAUCGGACACAACAAGAUCGCGCGCCCCCUGCUGCCCGGGCAGAAGAUCGCUGACAUCAGGCACAGGCUCGGCGAGAUGCGCAACUACGGCGCCGUCAGACACAGGCUCCCCCCGCACCCCGGCAGAAUACUCAGACCGAACCUUCCAGGAUCAUUAAGCAUCACCAAAAUAAGAAGGGACGCUAAACGAUCUGAUAACGAAAACAGCGACUCCAACCCCCCGACCAAAAUAGACUCCGAUGAAGAAACUCAAAUCUUAGACAGUGACGAGGAAGAGGAAAAAACGAAAAAGGCAGCUGAACAAAAGUCAAAAACGGUAGUAGAACAUUCUGAAGAUUCAAAAUCUUCAACUAGCUCCGAAACCCAAAAGAAAAGGGCUUCUCAAGAGAAAUCUUCCGAACCUAUCGUUUUAACUACCGAAGAAAAAUUACCUUCGGAGGAGGCGCUAGAAGUCAAAAAUUCCGACACCAGCGACUCCCAUCUCAGCGACGAUUCUAGAACGCGCGUAGAUAACGCCGAGACGCCCCCGAUGGAUCACGUCGAGAAGAAAAUUAAUUUACUGAAAAACUACAGGCACCAGAGACCCGGCGGAAGGCCUCAAACGGAAUCCAGCCUGAGUAUACUGGAGAGAACGGCGAGCGUGUUAAACAAAGAGGGCAUGCCGGAUUUCCGGAGGAAUCUGGACGACAUAACUCAGUCGUACUCGCCCGGGAGCGACGAAAAGUCGGGGUCCAAGUCGAGGAAGAAGAAGUCCCCCAACAAGGAGGGAUCGGUUGAAUCUCAGGGUCAGUUUAAUUCGGGGAUGUCGCACAGCGUGUCUAGUCUGCUGGGGCCGCCCGCGCCCGCCGGCCCCGAGCACGGCGCGCCGCCCGCCCCGCCUCACCCCGCUGCGGGGCAGCCGCCGGAGACGCCUUACGCGCAAUAUCCAGGUUACGGCAUGAACUACGGCGCGUACCCCGACUCGCCGUACUACGGGUACGGCAACUACCCGCCCUACCCGGGCUACCCGCCCGCGCCCGCGCCGCCCUACCCGCCCGCGCCCGCGCCCGCGCCGCCCGACUACCUGCCGCCCGAGCCGCAGUGGUGAGAGGACGCGACCGAAGGCGAAUCCGGCUGCGUACUCACGGGGUCACGUGGUUAAUGUGUGUGCCCCUGGGGUGUACCGACUCGAAGACGAACCGAACACCGAUAAAAGUGCGGUUCUUACCAGUGUUCUUAACCCGACGGUGUAGUGAAGUGUCAAACUGUGGGAUCGAACUCGAGAUUCUAAUCCUAAUAUUGAGUGAUGUAAUUUUAGAUGUUAUUUUCGAGGCGUGUGAAUGUGAACCGGCGGUCCGGAGACUCCGAUUGUAUUUUAUACUUGACGUGCCGCGCUGUGAAAAUUUUUACUCCUUUAUUUUCGACAUUUGUAUCCUAAAUUUAUUGUCUAUUUAUUAUUUUCUGUGUCUUGUAAAGUUUUUUUUAGCUAAUGCUGUGAAAUUGUUCCCGAUUUGUAUUUUUCUAUUAGUUUCCGCUUCGUUUUGAAGAGCGAAAUAAAAUUGGUUAAUUCGCCUCUUUGGUACUUAUUAUUUAAGUAGGAAUGCGGGCACAUUAUCAUAAUAACCGGUGUCAAAUGCGACUUAAGUCAUUAAUGUAAAUUAAAUGAUGUCUUUCCAAUGUGCGGCUCUGCGUGAAUCUAUGGAUGUGAUACGUUUACUUAGCGAUAGCGUAGCGUGUACGACGGUAUUUAUCUAUGUAAUUUGUAGCUUAGAUAGGACGCCCACUUAUACUAAUUAAAUAUCUUAGAAAAGUUCUCAUUUAUCCAUACAAUAGAGCCGUGAUAUGUGUGACGUUAACAUAGUAGAAUGUAUGCAAUUUACAUAGAAAACUAUUUAUCUAAUCUAGUUUAUAUUUCAAGUGUUCCAAACUCGAAACAAAAUCUUAAUAUAAAUUUCUAUUUUUUCUUUGGUGUGUUAUAAGAGAAGUGAUUAUCUUAUAGGUUUUUUUAUUUAUUUGCAUGGAAACAAAAACUUAAUCUAAAUGGCAAAACAUGUUAUUUUAUGUUUUUAGACGUCAGUUAGGACCAUGCAUAUUUUAAAGCUUUCUCUUGAUAUGUGGCAAAUACUCUUAUUUUUAUAUCUUCUGUUAAACAUCUUAUCCUAUGAGUAUUGGCUAUGUGCAAAACGCCUUUAGGACAGUCAUGGAUCAUUUACCGAUUGACAUAAAAUUUAACAAACAUGUAAAAUUUACAUUAUUAUUAUGACAUAUCCAGCAGGGUCUAGCACAUGAUUGGCGCGACAAUAUCUCGACAUAGAUCGUCUUUUUAUUAUAAUUCUAUUAAUGACAAAAGGACGGAUAGUCUAUCUCGCAGCGACAUCUCGUGCCAAUCAUGUGCUAGAUUAUCAAUUUAUUUGAUUUUCCCUAAGUGCUCUUCGCACAUAGCCAGUAUCUGUCGCCCUCACUGAUGCCAAAAGUCAUGAUACGUGUAAUCCCAUUGUAAAGGACGGAUUUUCCGUGUACAGUCACCUACAGUAAAAUGUUAAUCGUUGAAAAUAUCUGACACGCUCUUAUCGCUUUACAAAUAAUUCGUGUCAGAUAUUAUUUUGUGAGCCAUCAGUCUAUCAGGUCACUGUACCAGGCAGGCAAGUAUGGUCGCGCGAUAAAUGAUAAAACAUCAGACCGUCCCUAUAACACUAUAUUUUGUAAGUUCGAUAGGGAUGGCCCGAUGUUUUAUAGUUUAUC